UCCAUCCCCGGCUCCGCGCCCGCGCUCCGCUCGCAGCCACCCGGGCCAGUCGACUCUGCUCUUCUCGGUGCGACCCGCUUCCGGUGGGGCGAGGGCGUCUCCGGGCGCCCGGCCCCUGCUCGCUCUGCACCUCCCGCAGCGGCCCGAUGCAGGCAGACCGAGGAGCUCGAGGCGGCCACGGUCGCCGGUCCGGCCGCCACCGGCCCGGUGGGGACCGAGAUCGCGCAGGAGCCACAGCAGUGGUGGAGAGAGGAGGUGGCGGGGACGGAGGUGGCCGCCGAGGCCGUGGUCGGGGAUUCCGAGGGGGCCGAGGAGGCCGAGGAGGAGGUGCUCAGCGAGGCGGCCGCCGGGAGCCGGGAGGCCGGGGCGCCGGGGCCAGAGUGCCGGUCGAAGAUGACAGUGAUGCAGAGACCCAUGGAGAAGAGAAUGAUGAACAGGGAAAUUAUUCUAAAAGAAAGAUCGUCUCUAACUGGGAUCGAUAUCAAGACACCGAAAAGGAGGGCGAUAAUGAAAGCGGAGAAUCACAGAGGGGGACAGAUUUCAGUGUUCUUCUCAGCUCUGCAGGGGACUCCUUCUCACAGUUCCGGUUUGCUGAGGAGAAAGAGUGGGAUGGUGAGGCUUCGUGUCCAAAGCAGAAUUCAGCAUUUUACGUGGACUGUGAAUCAUUGGUUCAAGCUCUUCAAGAACUGCCUCUCUCUCUACGCCUCAACGUUGCUGCUGAAUUGGUCCAGACUGCCCUUCCUUUAGAGCUUCCUCAGGUGAAACCGAAGAGAAAUGAUGAAGGCAAGGGACUAGGCAUGCAGUUCAGAGGGCCGAUGGGGCCUGGAGGAAAGGGGUCUGUGCCUGAGCAGAAAUCUGCGGCUGCUGGCUGUCCUGUGCACCUGGGUAAGGACAGCCCAAGUCCGGGCCCUGCAAAGGGUUCCCAGGAACCCGCCUCCCCACUGCCAUCAGCAGCAGACCACUUGGAAGAAGAAUUAGAUCUGCUGCUUAACUUAGAUGCACCUGUAAAAGCGGGAGAUGACCUCUUACCAGACCAGAUACCCCAGGCCCUGGAAUCUGAGAAAGAUGAGGAGGUGGCGGCCCAGGAGGAAAAAGUUCUAGCGAAACUGUCUGUGAUGGAAGAAAAGAACUUGGAAUCUGUGCAACCGAGCACAUCAAAAAACGUUACCGAGGAAGAACUUGAAGACUGGCUGGACAGCAUGAUUUCCUAACAAAAGAAGAAAAAGAGACAGAAAAGGAAAAAAGUGCCUGAAGCUGAUUUUGGUUGCUCUGUAAGUGAGGACGGGCCCAGGCUGUCCGUGAAGGACAGCGAACCCAAGCCAGUGCGCUCCACCCCCACCACCACAGCGAACACCCGCCUCUGUAUUUGACAGCACCCCACACGAUACAUUGAAGAGGCUCGUUGCAUUUUUCUCUGGCUCAGUAAUCUAAGAGACUCAUCAAGGGCAGGAGAUGUUAUAGCGCUUGUUUCCAGCCUUCUUCCUCUCACUGUUUAUGUAGUAACAUAGCAAGCUCUGCUGCUGCAGGGACUAGAGCAAGCCACAAGGCGUGCAUUUGGCCGGAAUAAACCAAUGCUGUUCUGUGGA